AUGAAUACCCGCCAAUCCAUCGAUGAGUCCACCGGGCCAUAUUCACUCUCAGCAACAUUUAAUCACGAUAACAGCUGCUUCUCAGUGGGCUUAGAUACCGGGUUUUGUGGUAAGGGAAGUUUCAGUCAUCUGCCACGGGGAACCUUGGAAGAAGCUAGCUUAUGCCAUGAACUAUGGAAGCCGAGGCUGAUCAACGACUCGAACAGUAUACAACGCCAACCCUUGCGAGCUCAAGAUUUCAAUGCGGGCAUUGGGGUUGCGGAGAUGCUUGGCCAGUCAAACUACUUAGCUAUUGUCGGGGGUGGAAAAAAUCCCAAGUUCCCACAGAACAAGUUGAUUAUAUGGGACGAUGCCAAACAGAAAGCAGCCAUCACGCUUGAAUUCCGCACCUCCGUCCUCGGUGUCCGCCUCUCCAAAUCAAAAAUCGUCGCUGUUUUAUUGAACAGCGUUCAUAUAUUCUCAUUCUCCAAUCCUCCCCAGAAACUCUCUGUCUUUGAGACAUCCGACAACUUUUUAGGGCUGGCCUGUCUCGAUAACAAGGUGCUGGCCUUUCCGGGUCGGUCCCCGGGCCAAGUCCAAUUGAUUGAGCUGGAGACCAACAAUAUCAGCAUCAUACCCGCACAUAGCACACCGUUGCGUGCUAUGGCCCUAAGUCCCAAUGGGAGUUUGCUGGCGACUGCGAGUGAGUCAGGAACUUUGGUUCGUAUAUUCGCUACAGGGAAUUGCACCAAGCUGGCAGAAUUGCGACGCGGUGUUGAUCACGCAGUGGUUUUCUCAAUUUCCUUUUCGCCGUCCAAUACUCUGCUGGCAGUAACAUCUGACAAGUCCACUCUCCACAUCUUUGAUAUCCCCCACCAGCAACCCGUCAAUCAUCGCAGUCAGUCACCGUCACCAGCAUCCGAGGAAGCAGCUCCUAGCCAGAAAUGGGGAAUCCUUGGCAAAAUUCCCCUGCUUCCUCGUGUCUUCUCGGAUGUUUAUUCAUUUGCCAGCGCACAUUUCGAGAUUGGCGAACAAGCCAACCUGGGCUCCCCGCAUGUCCCGCCGAUGGGGCCAUCAUUUGGUCGACCUCAAAUAGGCCUCAUAGGCUGGUACGAUGACCAGACUCUGUUGGUAGUUGGCUCUGGGAAAGAAGGGCGUUGGGAGAAAUUUGUGCUUCGAGAGGGCGAGGAAGGAAAGAGAUACUGCUCGCGGGAUGGCUGGAAAAGAUACCUUGGUUGA